AUGAAUCUCGACCUUGCGUUAAGGCUUCCUUCUCCUGCACCUCUUACGGACAAAAGUUUUACUGAUGAGAAAAAGGAUUUGGAGAGGUGGGAGAAGUCAAGUCUCAUGUGUAUGAUGAUCAUGGAGAUGGCCAUUCCAGAAGCAUUCAGGGGUACUAUGUCUGAGAAGAUAACUACUACCAAAGAGUUCCUUGAGGAUAUUGAGAAGAGAUUUGCUAAGAAUGAAAAGGCUGAAACUAGUACACUUUUAGAAAAUCUUAUCUCAAUGAGAUACAAGGAGAAAUGGAACAUUAGGGAGUACAUAAUGGAGAUGUCUCAUGCUGCAUCAAAGCUGAAAGCACUUAAACUUGAACUCUCUGUGGACUUGCUUGUGCAUUUAGUUAUUAUUAUAUCUCUUCCCACACAAUUCAGUCAAUUCAAAGUGAGCUAUAGUUGCCAAAAUGAGAUUUGGUCUCUUAAUGAGCUUAUCUCAUAUUGUGUGCAAGAAGAGAAAAGGUUAAAGCAAGAGAAGACAGAAAGUGCUCAUUUGACUAGUACUUCUAAGGACAAAGGGAAGAAAAGAAUGAAAAAUAAAGAAGCUGCAGAAGCUCAACCACAAAAGAAACAAUACAAAGAAAAUAAUUAA